AUCGUAAUAUACUCAAUUCAAUUCAUCAGCAAUUCUAAAUUCCUAAGACUACAGCGUUUGUCUUGUCAUCUUAAACUACUUGAAAAGAAAACUAAGAAUAGAGAGAAAUGGGUUCAGCAGGAAAAGGUUGGGCGGUUGCAGCCAGCAUUGGAACUGUGGAAGCAUUAAAGGACCAGCUAGGUUUUUGCAGAUGGAACUACACCUUAAGAUCAUUGCAUCAACAUACCAAGAAUAACCUCAGGUCUCUAUCUCAGGCCAGGAAUCUCUCUUCUUCCUCAUCUGUCUCUAGCAAUAAAGUGAAGGAAUCAAAACAAGCAGAAGAAUCUUUGAGGACAGUCAUGUUCUUGAGCUGUUGGGGUCCCAACAACUGAUCACAGUGUUCAUUUUCUGUAAUCAGCUAGCUCUAAUAUUGUAAAUCAAUACGAAGUACUAUAUAUAGAUACGAGAAUUUUAUCAUCUUA